AUGUCUUACUCAACACCACUGAACGAGCCAAUUGCCAUCGUUGGCAGUAGCUGUCGUUUCCCUGGUAAUGCGAGCUCGCCAUCUAAGCUGUGGGACCUCCUCCUGUCCCCCAAAGAUAUUUCUAGAAGACCGCCAGCGGAUCGCUUUAAUCUAGAUGGCUUUUACCAUGCCGAUACAGAGCACCAUGGAACCACAAAUAUCGAAGGUUCUUACUUUCUGAAUGAAGACAUUCGACUUUUCGACGCCGCCUUCUUCAACAUUACCCCCAAAGAGGCUGAAGCUAUCGAUCCUCAGCAGAGGCUGUUACUAGAGUCUGUUUACGAGGCCAUGGAAUCUGCGGGUUUCACGAUCCAAGACCUCCAAGGAAGCUCUACUUCUGUCUAUGCCGGUUUGAUGAUCAGAGAUUAUAUGGAUGUGCAGGCUCGAGAUCCGGACUACUUCUCCAAAUACAUGGUCACGGGCACAUCAUCAGCACUCACCUCGAACAGGAUUUCGUACUUCUUUGACUGGACCGGUCCUUCGAUGACGGUUGAUACCGCCUGCUCUUCUAGUCUUGUUGCCUUGCAUCAGGCCGUUCUCGGCUUACGUUCUGGAGAGAGUCGCGUCUCCUGUGUCUGUGGAUCCAACCUUUUACUUGGCCCAGAACUAUUCAUCUCUGCCGCAAACCUACACAUGCUUUCGUCAAGGUCACGUAUGUGGGAUAAGAACGCUGAAGGAUACGCUCGGGGAGAUGGGUUCGCGACAGUUCUGUUGAAAAGGCUGUCACAUGCAAUUCAGGAUGGCGACAACAUCGAGGCGAUUAUUCGGGAGACAGGGGUCAACUCCGAUGGGCGCACAAAGGGCAUUACCAUGCCUAGCUCAGAUGCCCAGGCAACGCUGAUACGUGAGACAUAUCAAAAGUCAGGUUUAGAUCCUGCGAGGGAUGCUGACCGGUGUCAGUACUUUGAAGCGCACGGCACAGGCACCCAAGCGGGGGAUCCUCAAGAAGCAGGUGCGAUACAUAAGGCCUUCUUCGAGGGUUCUGUCGUUCGAUCAAAUGCCCAAAAGAUGGUGGUUGGUAGUAUAAAGACCGUCGUGGGUCACACCGAGGGCUGUGCUGGACUGGCUGGUGUGUUGAAGGCCUCACUCGCUUUACGUCAUGGGUUGAUUCCCCCCAACCUACACUACUAUUCUCCCAACCCGAAUGUCGUGCCAUUCCUAGACGCACUUGAUGUCCCGGUCUCAAUUCUGCCGUGGCCGGCUCCCGCUGCCGGCUCCCCUCGGCGUGCUAGCGUGAACAGUUUUGGCUUCGGUGGCACAAAUGCCCACGUAAUUCUCGAAAGCUAUGAACCAGCAAUACACAAUGUCAAGCCUUGGGUUCAAGAUUCUCCGAAUGAUCAAGUUAGCUUUGGCCACAACUCCACCCCGUUCCCUUUCGUAUUUUCAGCUAAUAGCGAACGUGCUCUCAUCGCGAUGAUUGAACAGUACGUUCAAUUUCUCGAUACUAAUGAGUCAGUUGACCUGAGGGAUCUCUCGUGGACUCUCCUCACCAAACGUACCAUAUUGCCGGUGAGAGCAUCCUUCGUGGCCCUCACUGCCCCGGAACUAUCAGAAAAGAUGAAGAGCGAGUUGAGCCGGAAAGAAUCAUCAGGAGCAGAUCUCGGUGUCCGUGCUAGCGGUGAGACGAAUUCAGAUCCUGUCAUCUUGGGCGUCUUCACCGGGCAAGGUGCGCAAUGGGCGACCAUGGGGCGGGACCUUAUCAUAGGAUCUGCACAGUUCUCAGCUACAAUUGAGAGGCUGGAAAAAUCUCUGGGAUCUCUCCCUGACCCCCCAGCUUGGUCUUUGAAGGCCGAACUCAUGGCGCCGCCCUCCCAGUCGCGUCUUUCAGAGGCGGCGCUCUCACAGCCUCUCUGCACGGCCAUUCAAAUUGCUUUGGUUGAUGUCUUGCGCAGCGCCGGCAUAACAUUCCGUGCAACUGUGGGUCAUUCAUCCGGAGAGAUAGGGGCCGCCUAUUCCGCUGGCGUGGUCACGGCUGAGGAAGGUGUACGAAUUGCUUAUUACAGGGGCGUUCACGCCCAUUUAGCCAGAGCAUCCUCAGGAGCCAGGGGAUCGAUGCUCGCUGUCGGAAUGGGUCUGGAAGAUGCUCAAACGCUAACAGAUCUUCCUCAAUUUGAGGGACGAAUCUCUGUGGCGGCUAGCAACUCACCCGCAAGCGUGACCUUAUCAGGUGACGAAAGUGCCAUUGAGGAAGCGAGGGAAAUGUUGGUUGCCCAGAAGAAAUUUGCCAGGGCGCUGCAGGUUGACACUGCUUAUCAUUCCCACCAUAUGAUUCCGUGUGCCGAACCUUACAUAAGCUCUUUGAAGGCAUGCAAUAUCUCCCCGAAAGCAGAAGAUCCGUCUUGUAGCUGGAUUUCCAGUGUCUAUGGGUCUAAAGGUACGCCCACGCAGCAAGAGCUCACAGCUCAGUACUGGAGCAACAACAUGACGCAGAAAGUACUCUUCUCGCAGGCUUUGGAGCGGGCUGUGAUCGAAGCUGGGCCAUUCGAUGCCGUCAUGGAAAUUGGCCCCCACCCAGCACUCAAAGGACCCGCGACGCAAACGCUAAAAGAGUCGGGGGAGAACGCUCCGUAUACUGGCGUGCUUGACCGUAAAUCCAACGACCUUGUCGCCUUGAAUAGCGCGCUUGCCUUCUUGUGGUGUCGCCUUGGUGCCUUCAUUGAUUUCAGGGGAUACGAAGAAGCACACGCUGGUACGAACCUGCCAAGACCCAUCCUACUUAAGGAUCUACCGACCUAUCCUUGGGAGCAUAGUCAACCAUAUUGGUCAGAAUCUCGUUUAUCCAGAGAAUACCGCACGAGAAGUUCUCGGCCGCACGAAUUGCUUGGUCACAUGAGCCCUGGCAGUCCCGAGCACGAAUUGAAAUGGCGCAACAUUUUGCGGCGCGAAGAGGUCCCUUGGCUCACGGAUCACAAGAUCCAGGGGCAAGUUCUACUACCCGCUGGCGCAUUUUGUGCCAUGAUGCUUGAUGCGGGCCUAACUAUGGUAGCCGAUAGAACAGUCUCUCUCCUCGAGCUUUUGGAUGUGCAGCUUCAUUCCCCUAUUUCUAUUCCGGAAGCCUCGCGAGGUGUAGAACUUGUGACUUCAAUCAAGCAGCUCGAUCCUCAUCAUGGAGAAAGCGCCGAAAGUCGAUCUGUUCUUGAGGCUACGUUCUCAUUAAGUACAGGGGCUCCCGACGGCAGUACACCAUUGAAGCUCGCCGUGACCAGUCGUGUGCGCAUCACAUUCGGCGCUGCAACUGCAGAUGCCCUGCCCCGAAAGCCGCACAAUGAUGACGUGGUUCACCUCAAGUCUGUGGACAUCAAUCAUUUCUACUCUGCCAUGAGGGAUAUAGGGUUAUCGUACGACCAUGCAUUUUCCGCAUUGCACAAAGCGGAGCGCGGCUGGGACUAUGCUUCUGCCAUCAUGCCGACGCCUUCCACAGAUGACAGAAGCGUGCUUUCGGUUAAACCGUCGUGGAUAGACUCUUGUCUUCAAGUCGGGUAUCUAGCAUUCGCGUAUCCAGGAGACGGGAAUCUGUGGACAACAUUUCUUCCGCAGAGUAUUGGGAGGCUCGCCUUCACUCCAGCUUUCCAGAAGAGCGAAGAAUACAGUCGAGAUACGGUACUAGAAAUCACAUCGCGCAUCAUGGCGACCAAAUACGCGACAGGCAAGCAGUUGCCCUCUUUUACCGCGGAUAUUGAAGUUUGCGAUCCAGGCACUGGAUACACGUGGAUGCAAGUUGAAAAUGUCGUCUUCUCUUCGCUGAACCACGCCGUGGAAAAGGACGACCGUGAGCUCUUUUUUUCCACCGUCUGGGGGAGCGAUGCUUUCGACAACCACUCAGCAGAAAAGUUUCACGAGAGCCCCAGCGCAGCCCGCGUCCACCAGCUAUUGGACAGGACGGCGCUAUUCUAUCUUCGAGAUCUCAAGGCUAGAGGAAUCCUCAAGGCAGUUCCUGGUCCUUAUCAGCCGUUGGCUAAUUUUGUUGGGCGUCUCUGCAAUUCACAAACCGCUGUAAGCUUGGAUACUAAGGCCAGCCACCGCGAGAUCGCGGAAAACAUGGGUCAGUCGCCGCGAGUAGUUGAUCUUCGUUUUAUGAAAGUCUUGGGUGAAUCACUCCAAGCCAGAAUUCUACCUGCGGGAGAUCUCAAAGACACGGCACUAUCCCCUAGCACUCUUUUGGAAACAGUCCCCGCACUUAAGGCUGUAAACAAGCAUCUGGGCUCGAUCACGCAGAAACUCAGACAUCGCUUCGCUCAAAUGCAAGUACUUGAGAUAGGAUCCAGCUACCUUGGGCCAUCUGGAGGUGUGUUAGCAGCGCUGGGUGACUCCUCUAGUACCUACGUGUUCGGAAACAUCGGCCCUGCAUUUAGUGCUGAGGAGGGCACGGAUCAUAGGGUCCAAGACGUGUUGCUUCAUUCUCUCCAACAGGAUCAACUCGAUAAGCUGAAAGAGUCCAGCCAAGAGGGGUUUGAUCUUGUAGUCGUCUCUUUCCUCCUCCAUGGUCGGGAGAAUAUGGAUUCUGUUAUUUCUAAUCUCCGCCAACUCAUUAAGCCCGGUGGAUCCGUCCUGUUUGUUGAGCCCACGAAAGAACUUACAUGGCUGAGGUAUUUGCUGUAUGGACAGCUGAACCCGACUUUAACGGCCCAUGACGGGCAGGACCUAGGGUCACCAGUACCUCUGAUCGAGCUAGACAAGGUUCUACGCAGAUCAAUGUUCAGCGGCGUUGAUCACGUUUCAGACUACUCAGGAGUAUCUGUGAUUAUUAGCAAGGCGUUGGACGACAGGAUUUCCGCCUUGCUUCACCCGCUGCAACCAGACCACCUGGCAAAGCUGACAGGUAAAUUACUCUUAGUCGGGGACGGCAAUCUUUCGACAUACCGCACCAUACAGGACACAGUUCGCUUGCUCCACGGGUGGCAGGGCAGCAUAGUUGUCGAGCAGUCAUUGGACACGUUGGGUGAACUCGAGCCAAAAUACGCUCGCAAUUUCAGCGCGGCAGUGAUACUGAACGAUCUCAACAUCCAUCCCUCUUCAGGGUCUCAGAGUCGUGACAAGCGCCAACAAAAGAUUCGAGAUGUAUUCAAUUGGACGAACAAUAUCCUCUGGGUGACCCUAGAGGGCGACUUCAAUGAUCCUAUCCAAGCUGCUACCGUGGCAUUGAGCCGGUCAAUCGCGAGCCAAAUACCAGGUGUCAGGUUUCAAUCACUUCUUGUAGACAAUACCUGGAAUGUGGAAUACAAAAUAGCAGCCAACCUGGUUCGCUUGGUCUAUUCGCAGCUUUGGAAACUUUCUAGGGCCACCCACAUGUGGACCGAUGAGGAUGAAAUAAAGAUCAAUGGUCGUCAGACAUUAAUCCCUCGUGUUCUACCUGCCCGCGAGCUUAACGACCGCCUCAAUGCCAGUCGACGAGUCAUUACCGAAGGAACGUCAAGUCCGAACAAAGAUGUCACAAUAGAUAUCCUUGGUUCGAUUGACUCACUCGUCUGUUAUGCACGAGCAAAUUCGCAUGCUCUCAAUAUAGACGAUCACUCCAACACGAAGGUGACGGUACGCGCGAGUUACUCCAGUCUUCUAGCUUUGAGGGUAGCACCACAUGAUUAUCUCCACAUUUGCAUUGGGCGAGUUCCUGGUCAGGAAGGGACCGUUCUGGCAUUUUCGGAAACCCUAUCCAACUCUGUCAUGGUUGACAGAUUGUGGCAAUUGCCUUGUGGAGUUGACGAAGCAGACGAACACAGAGUGGUCGAGCUAGCGACGCAGUACGUUGCAGCGACUUUGAUCAAUAGCAUGUUUGAGGCUGGGAUUGCCGUACUAUACGAACCAAGCAAUUUACUCGCCUCUAUUCUCUCGAAACUGGUUCAUGGAACUGAUAAGCAACUUGUUUUUCUCACGAGCAAUAACGAUCAGAUAUCUGGCACUGGCGUAGAUUGGACCUUCAUCCAUCCGCAUAGUUCUCGAUCGACUAUACAAUCUUUGGUACCCCGAGAUACAAAUCUCUUUGUCAAUUUGGGACCAGCCGAAAGUUAUACCGCGCAACGAGUCAUUAGCAUCGUGCCACCUGGUCGCUCUGUGGAAAAAGAUGCCUUGUUCCGAAUCAAGUCCCGGGUAGCUUCCGAUCAACAGGCAAGCUCCUUUGUUGAGAAACUCAGACUCACGCGCGAUUUCGCAUUGGAAUCAAAAACACAACUUUCCUGGGAAACUAGUAGUAUAAUCGAUGCCUCGAAGCUCAUUGGUAGACUGCCAGAAGUUACAGAGCCGUUCACUGUGGUGGACUGGGCCGGUACUGACAAAAUAUCAUUGCAGGCAAGACCCCUUGAGGGCGACACGUUAUUAUCUCACGACAAAAUAUAUCUUUUGGCAAAUGUCGGUAUCGUUUUCGCUGAGCCCUUGGCUCGUUGGCUGGCCUCCGGUGGUGCACGACACGUUGUCAUAGCAGAAAGUGCGAGGAGUCAUGCCUUGGAAAUUUCGCCACCAGCUUGGGUUGCCGUCCUGCGCAAAUCCGGUGUGCGAAUUGACUUCGAGGAAGUGAACUUUAGAAGUCAAGUCGAAGUGAGUAGGCUGAGGCAGAAAUUCCUCGGCAUAGUGGGGCUGGUGUAUGGUGGCAACCUGGGAGUAGAAGAAACAAGUUUGGACUUUUCGCAAACCAUAUUCGAGGGCGCCGCCAACCUCGAUGUAUCUUUCGGUUCGCAGCAUCUAGACUUCUUCGUUAUGCUGACACCAUCCUAUGCAAAGCCAGAAGAGGCUGGAGAGUAUGAAAUAACAGCGUUCAUGGAGGCUUUGGCUGCUCAACGCAGAAACCGUGGGCUUAACGGAUCGUCUGUUUCCGUACCAGAAAUCUGGGGUAAUGCCUCGCUAGCGAACGCCCCAGCGCAGGAAAUUUUCUUUUCAAUUGCCGAAUCAGAUAUCUGUGGCCUCCUCAACGAAGCCAUUGUAUGGGGUGGUGAUAGCGCCCAACACUCCCCGCAUCUGGUGACGGCGCUCAAGCGUUUAGCACCAUCAUCUUCGAGCGAAGUGCCAACCUGGCGCUUAAACCCGAAAUUUUCCCACCUUGUCAGUCGAUCUAACCAUUCUACGACGUCAACUUCUCGAGAACUAGGUCAAAGUCUGAAGCAGGAAUUAGAACUAUCAAAGUCCCUUGAAGAAGCUUCGAAGACUUUGCAACAUUAUUUUGUGGACCACCUAAAGGCAAUGUUGAGUCUAGGACCUGACUCAGUAAGAGACGAUACGGACUUGGUAGGGAUUGGUAUCGACUCGCUGAUGGCCUCCGAUCUGCGGUCUUGGUUUCUCAACGAGCUUGAGGUUGAUGUCCCAGUCCUUAAGAUCCUCGGGGGUUCAACCGUGAAAGAGUUAUGUGAGGAAUUGGCAGCUGGCUUUCAGCUAAACUCAUUAUCCGAUGAGACCCCUGUUCCUGUGGAGGACGACGUGCGGCAAGCGGAAUCGUCCUCAGCUGUGAUCCCAACGCCAGCGUCAUCUCCCUCUAGUUCUGGGAGUUGGAUACCAUUGUCAGAAGGAGAGGCCGAGGCUCUCGAGGAUCCCGAUAUCGAAGGUUCCCUCGAGUUUGUCCAGAUCGGUGUAGACCAACCUCGAACGCAGCCACCUUCUUUGCUCUCCCGGAAAGAUACGAUGUCAUAUAGCCAAACUCGCUUAUGGUUUCCAACGACCUAUCUAGAACAAGAGACACCAUUCAACUGUACGACAUCGUACCGGAUUACUGGACCGCUCAAUCUCCUCAGGCUUGAGAAGGCUCUGAAGCAAGUCACACAGAGACACGAGAUCUUUCGCACAGCGUUUCACAACGACACCACCAGCGGAGAACCUAUCCAAUCCGUAUUCCCCGAUUCACACUUCGAACUCCAAACUCUAUCGGGAAAUGAAACGGAAGAAGUUGCACGGGAGUUUAGGCGGAUAGCGAAUCACGUUUUCGAUCUUGAAACCGGCGACUCCUUCAUUGCUUCAAUCAUCUCUCACACGCCACAAGAACAUACCAUUGUCUUUGGGUACCAUCACAUCAUCAUGGAUGGAGUGAGUUGGCAACUAACAUUGAACGAAAUGGCUAGUCUUUACAAGGACCUCGGUGCUCGAUUACCAUCCCCUACUCAGUAUCUAGAAUUCACAGCCAGGCAGCGUCGUCUGGUCGAGACGGGGGCUCAUGACAGCAAGUUGGCAUUCUGGAAGAAGGAGUUUCCGGAUCCUGUGGAACCGAUACCAUUAUUUCCCUUCGCCAAGGUCGGGACGCGGAAGACCUUGACACGAUACACCACUCUUGACAUUGUCGAACACAUUGACGCAAAACUAGUCUCAGAUAUCCAUAAGGCUAGCCUCGGUGCCAAGACUACCAGCUUCCACUUUUAUUUAUCAGCUUUGCAAGUAAUGCUCAGCAAGUUUCUCGACAUAGAUGAUCUUUGUAUAGGCGUUAUCGACGCAAACAGGUCUGAACAAGCAUUCCUCAACACCAUCGGAUUCCUGUUGGAUUUACUCCCAUUGCGUCUACCACUCAACAGGAAAGAACGCUUCACGACUACCUUGAGCAACACACGUAAAAGGGCCCACGCAGCGUUAUCCCACUCCGGUGUACCACUUGAGUCUAUCAUACGGGAGCUGAAUGUGUCAACGUCUCCAACGCACACCCCUUUGUUUCAAGUCCUGAUUAACUACAGGAUGGGCGCACUGCGAUCACCACAGCUCGGAGAUAGUUCCAUGACAUUCUUAGACUACGAGGAUGCCAGGGCACCCUUCGACCUUACACUCUCGAUCGACGAAAAGGACGACGGAACCGGGAUGCUGACCUUCUCAAUGCAAGAUUAUAUGUAUGACAGAGAAGGCGCAGAUUUGAUUGUCAAGACCUACCUGCACUUCUUGCGCGUCCUCUCACAAGAUAUAUCGCUCCGCAUAAGCGAAAUUCAGCCAUUCGACCGGUCCUUGGUCGAGCAGGGAAUCGACGUUGGAACGGGCAGUGUCAUCGACUUCAAAUGGCCCGCCACGCAGACAGUAGUUCACCAGAUUGACCAGUGGACAAGGACCCAGCCUGAAGCUGUCGCGGUGAAGGACUUAUAUGGCGAAAUGCUGACCUACCGGCAAAUGCAGAAGCGAAUUAAUAUACUUGCCCAUGCUAUUACUCAUGCUGGUGCGAAAGCAGGAUCGUCAGUCGCUGUUUUCUCCGAGCCCACAGUUGAUUCGAUCUGCUGCAUACUGGCCAUCUUGAGGGUUGGAGCUGCGUACACACCGCUUGAUGUCCGAAACUCAUCAGAAAGGCUUGCAGCAGUAAUCGAAGAAUGCAAACCACGGGUGAUACUCUUCCAUUCUUCGGCCGAGAGUCGUCUGAAAGAAUUCAAUACCCAGGCCUCAAGGCUUCUCAACAUCCAAUUGCAGGCUCAAGCUUCUGAAGAUAUAUUCCCCAAUCUUUCGACUCCAACCGCACCUGCUCUCGUACUUUACACAAGCGGAUCAACCGGAAGACCUAAGGGUAUUACGGUGACCAACUACAACCUCUCCAUCCAGUGCACAUCCGUUGGCGAGCGCUUAGGUCUCAAACGCGACGUUAUUUUACAGCAAAGCGCUCUCGGAUUCGAUGCGUCUGUGGCCCAGAUAUUCUACGCGCUCGUUUUCGGGGGUACAAUUAUUAUGGGGGACAAUCGGGGAGAUCCCAUGGAGCUGGCCUCCCUUAUAGAGAGGGAGAAGGUGACAGUGACCUUGAUUAUGGUAUCGGAGAUGUCGUCACUACUCGACCAUGCCAGCUCGAUUCUCUCCCGAUGCCACGGAUGGCGGAUUGCCAUGUGCGGAGGCGAAGCUUUCACCUCUAGUUUGGUUCGCCAAUUCCAAAAGCUAAACUUGUCAAGCUUGGCUGUAUUCAACGCAUACGGCCCCACGGAGGGGACCAUAAUCUCGUCGAUAAGCGAUGUGCCGUAUCGAACGGUCGAAUUGUCCGAGAACUAUACCAUUCCCGUGGGACCUCCAGUUCCCAACUACGGAGUAUACGUGCUCGAUGAGAAGUCACAGCCCGUGCCUCUUGGUUGGCCCGGUGAGCUCUGCAUCGCAGGGCCGGGUGUCACGCCGGGAUAUGUUGGACAGCCGGAGCUCACCGCUGCUAAGUUUGUGCAAGAUACCGUGUCCAGGCCUCGGGGGCUCUACCAGGGCUGGGACAGGAUAUACAGAACCGGGGACAGAGCUCGACUUCUGCACGACGGCUCCUUCUUGUUUCUAGGACGUAUAGACGGGGACUCUCAGGUUAAACUACGAGGCAUUCGCAUCGAACUCGACGAAGUUGCCAACAGUGUCCUGCGUACGUCAGACGGCGUGCUCUCCAGCGCCGUCGUGCGAGUGCAUGGUGACACUAACCAGAUCCUGGUUGCCUACGUCAUAUUCUCAGAACAAAAGGGGGCGGCCUACAUCUCCAAACCGCAGGCUUAUCUGCGUCAGUUGCUACAGUCAUUGCCAUUGCCGGUCUACAUGCGCCCAGCUGUUGCCGUUCCCGUUGAUGCGAUGCCGGUCACCGAAAGAGGAAAGCUAGAUACAAAGGCGCUGGCCGCCAUACCACUUUCGCAGUUCCACGAAGAGGCGGCCAGUGAACAGCCCAUCCUCAACGCGAAUGAACUCAAGAUGAAACUUGUUUGGGAGGAUAUCCUUUCUGAGCUAGGAGCAGGUCUUCAUAUCAACAAGGACUCGGAUUUCUUCUCUGUUGGGGGGAACUCGCUGCUGCUGAUGCGACUCAAAGCCAAAAUUCAAGAGGUUUUCAGCGUAUCAAUCCCGCUGGUAGAACUCUUUCAAGCUACAACGCUGGGGGCUCUGGCCUCGAGGAUUGGUAACGAGAGCCCCACUAAGGUCAAUGGGUCUAUAGAAGCUCAGUCAGGUAUAGAUUGGGAUGCCGAAACUGCUUUGCCAACCACCCUAACGUCGCAGGAAGUCCUCUCUCGAUGGCUCAAUCCUAAAAAACAGGUUGGGCGGCCAUUCUCAGUUGUUUUCACAGGAUCAACAGGCUUCCUUGGUCGAGAAAUCCUCUCUCGGCUCGUGGCCCAUCCAUCUGUUGCCUACAUACACUGCAUCGCAGUACGACCAGGGCGCACUCACAAGAUCGUAUCUUCAAAGAUCAUCUCGUACGAAGGAGACCUGUACAAACCACAGUUCGGCCUUGAUAAUGCCACAGCGCGCGCUAUCUUUUCCACCGCCACCGCUAUAAUCCACAACGGCGCUGAGGUUUCCCAUAUGAAAUCAUACCACUCACUCCGUACACCAAAUGUCCUGUCCACAAAAGAGUUGGUACGUCUGUCCGUUGAAUAUGGCAUUGGUACGAUACCGCGCUUUCACUACGUGUCGAGUGCCGGUGUAGGACACCUCGUGCCUGCGCCGUCCCCUCAGAGAGGGGUAGAGGCGGUGGACGCGUUCCCGCCCAUCUCGCUCGCAACCCACCCACCACCGCGCGACGGCUCCGAUGGAUACAUAGCUGCCAAAUGGGCUAGUGAACGUAGCCUAGAGCGCGCCGCAGCCGCAAUUCCGGGAUUUGCAGCCGUAGUCCACCGACCGUCCAACAUCACGGGUGCUGGCGUCGGCGAGAACGAUAUUGUCCAUUCGCUGCUGCGCUUCUCGGCCGCGCUAAAGGCGGUGCCGCAGAUGACGGCCGCAACGGGCGCGUUCGACUUCAUCAGUCUUGAGACUUGCGCGGCAGACAUCGUACGAGGAGUCUUGGGUGACUCGCCGGCAGCGGGUACAGUGCGGUAUGAGCACCGUACCGGAGAGACGGUCGUGCCGGUAGGCCAGCUUGGUAGUUUCCUGGCUGCCAAGUGCAAUGUUCGAGAGCUACAGGUCCUGUCCUGGCCAGAGUGGGUGGAUAGAGCCCUGGCGAUAGGCUUGGACCAGCUCGUCGGGGAGUUUUUGAGGGAACUGGAUGGUAGGAUGAGGAUGCCGCUGCUGACUCAUACUCCUUGA